AUGUCAGAACCUACCAACAAUGACGUCCCUUAUGGAUGUAGACUUCUCCCACAACUAGUUGAUGAAAAGGCUGAAAGCCAUCCAACUCAACUGAUGGGUAUGAUUGCAAAAUCAUCAGAUCUAUCACAUGGAUUCUUCGAAUUCACCUACAAAGAUAUUGCAAAUGCUGUUAACUUCAUGUCUUGGUGGCUGUUGGAGAAGCUGGGACCACCAAGCGAGGACAAGAACACAAUAGCCUAUAUAGGAAUCACUGACUUCAGAUACCUCGUUAUGGAGCUUGCUGCCAUAAAAAUCGGCUAUAUCAUUCUAAUUCCAUCGAUUCGUAACUCGCAAGAAAAUUUUACCGAUUUAUUCACUGGAACUAAUGUCAAUGGUCUUUUCUUCUCCGGAAAACUGCCCAUAAACAUAACAGGACUAGUACAUCCGAGACCGGCCAUGAAAGCCUUCGAGAUACCAGAGUUUGAUGAGAUGACCCAGGAGGAAGGUCCCCCUUAUCUUUACAGCAAGACUUGGGACGAAGCUAAAGACGAUGUAAUCAUCUGUCACCACACAUCUGGGACCACUGGGUCACCAAAGCCAAUUUACCAUACCCAUAGGUUCUACUCUGUUCUCGACGCUUUGAGGAAAUUACGCCACAUCAAAUCAGACGCUGAACCAUUUGGUAUAUUUCUCAUUGGUGAGGUUCCAAAUACUCGUGUCUAUUUUGGCAUGCCUUUCUUUCAUUUCGGUGGUUGCGCAUCUGUAUUUUCUGCGUUGUUUAAUGAGGCUGUUGCCGUCCUUGGGCCUACCGACAGCCUCAUUAACGCCAAGUUGGUCUGCAAUAUUGUGAAAAAGGCUAGAUGUCGAGUAAUUGUCCAGGUCCCGUCAAUCACCGAUGAUAUUGCGAAAUACUUUUACCAAGAAUUUUUGGAUUUGCUUCCCGAUUUAGAAAUCAUUAUCAGUUCUGGUGGACCUCUUUCAGCUACCACAGGUGAUCUCCUUGCUUCUAAAGUCAGAUUGGGACAAGUUUAUGGUUCAACCGAAGCAGGAUCACUUGCUCAGCAAGAAACAAGCGACGAAGAUUGGGGGUGGAUGAGAUUUAACUUUGAUGUUGGGGGUUUGAAAAUGGAACCACUUGAGGAUGAUCCUGGAAGAUAUGAGCUCGUUAUACGCAAAAUACCACAAGAUGCUUGGAUCCAAGGAGUAUUUGCAAUUUUCCCUAGUCUUGAAGAGUGGAGAACAAGGGACAUUUUUGAGAAACAUCCGAGCAAGCCACUUUACAGGUUCUCUGGUCGUAUUGAUGACGUUAUAGUUCUUUCAAACGGAGAGAAGUUGAAUCCGGCUAGGAUGGAAAAUCAUCAUAUCCGCGCACGAACUUUUGACUGGGGCUCUAGUCAUUGGUCUCGGAAGAACACAAGUUUCACUACUUAUUGA